AGGAGAUAACGUAUCUGAGAUAGGACAAAUUAAUAGUCGAAUAAUAUUAACAAAGUUAGUUUCUGCGAUUCUACAGAAAGUGAAGUGAUAGGUGAAUUUAGUGCAGUGUGAUCUGUUUCUUUAUGGACGUUUUGCUAAAUGGAUAUGAGUUAAAUACCUCAACAUGAGAGGCGUUUUAAGGAUAUCGCUAAUUUAUUUUAUAUUAGUUAUAGUAGGAGUAAACUGUGAUGACGUAAUAGUGGCAAUAAAUGAUGAUGUCACUGUAGCGCCGAAUGAAGCAGGCACCAUCUAUACGGUUUCGAUGAAUGAAAAUAACCACGAUUUUGAUGCUGGUGAUCAGGUGCUAGUACCUCUUUUCAAAAUUGUUGACGCAAAUGUUGUGCCAACAGUCAGUUUUGUCUCUACGUCCUUCCAAUAUUCUGUGCUGGAAAACGAAGAGGAAGCAUCAUCUUAUAUAUUUUAUGCGACUCAGUCUUUUGACUACGAGACUCAGCCCUCCCAGUACCUGUUCAACGUUUGGCUGAAUUUGGACUUUAGUCCAGUAGUUAAUUUUACUAUAAUUAAUAUAGAUGACGAACAACCCUCGUUGUCUCCACCGCAAUGCUCAUUUGACGAGAAUACAAUUUAUACAAAAGACAACAGCACCUGCUUUAGUAUAGUCUCAGACCCAGAUGGUUGGUUAGACCAGAUGACAUUUGAAAUCGUCAACGAUACUAACGAUGCACCGUACUUAUUUGAUUUCGAAUAUCGGGAAAUUCCUGAGGAUAACAUUUAUUCUGCAAACGUGUAUAUUACAGUUUUGGAAGAACUCAAUUAUCAGAAUAUAACAUUCUACUUAUUUGACGUCAGAGCAGAGGAUGGAGCUGGUCACUCUACCACACCGAGCGAGUUGGUGAGGGCUAUAAUAAAUGUAAACGAUUUACCUGAUACUCCUCCAGAAUGGACAAGUUUCUUCACGUCCGAGCAGUUCUAUGAGCAAUCAGAACAAACUUUCACAGUAACAGCUAUAGACGGAGAUUAUGGAUUAAAUUAUGAAAUAAACUACAUGGUACUAUGGGAAGAUGACGAGGAAGCCAAUUACAUUAGCAUCGACAACAAUGGAACGAUAUCCGUGAAACCAAUCGAUAGGGAUAAAGAUGACAUUUCUACAUAUGUAUUUGGAAUCGUGGCAUACGAGGUGCCCGAUCCGAUUUGGAACACAUCGUUGACAAUAACUUUCUUCGUCCUCGACAUAGACAAUAAUCCGCCCUUGGUAAGGUGGAUUAUGGACGCCUCAUUCGAUAAUGUAACUUUCCCUGUAGACGACGAUACUGAGAAAUCUACAGAAAUGCGUUUCCUAGAGAACACCGAUGGAACUUUGAAUCUCACGAUUUUCAUAAGAGACAUCGAUACGGGGGAAAACGCACAAUUUUCAGUGGAAUUAGAAGAUCUUGAGGAAAAUGAGAUAACGUAUACAGAUGCUUUUAUGAUCGUUCCAACAGCUGGAUACAGGACGGGGCAAUUUCAAAUUACUGUAAGGAAUGUUACUUAUAUAGAUUAUGAGCUGCCCGGUUGGAUAGACAUUAGUUUUAAUGUUCUAACAAGAGGUGUAUUAGACUCAACCAAGGAAGAUCGUAUAUUGGUAAAAAUUACUUUAAUAGAUUACAAUGACGAAACCCCUGAAUUUGAGGAGACCGAGUAUUCUGUAUCUAUUAACGAAACUGCCAAAAAGGGUGAAUUUAUAAUACAGAUCUUGGCAACGGAUCUUGAUGCAGAGGAUAAAAUUUUAGAGCACAGCCUAAUUGCGUCUACACAUGCGAGUCAAAUUUUAGAAAUCGAAUCAGAUACAGGAAAUAUAUAUGUGAGUGCAGAUAAUGCAUUUGACUAUGAUACAGUUAACCCGAUAUUCGUCCAAGUUAGAGCCACUGAUAAAGUUGGCCACACCGCUACUGUACCGUUAACCAUAAACUUAAUCGAUGUCAACAACAAAGCACCAACUAUAUCUGUGGGUGACCCAAUUAACGUUGAUGAAAAUCAACAACCGGGUACAGCUCUAAAUUCAAGCAUAACGGCCUCAGAUAUGGAUACCACCGCAGAGUUGUCAGCGGAGAUAGACUGGGAUGCGUCUUAUGUCAUGAAAAAUUCACGAAGACUGGAUAUGGAUAAUGAGACAAUUAGCCAGCAAGUAAAGUUCUUAGAUGUGGAAUAUCGGAGAGUGGAUGAAUCAGAUGAUACUAAUAGAGACAUAGCAAUUGAUUUAAUAGUAAACGAAAAUAAUCCUAAUGGGACAACUCCCGAUUUCGAACUCUUCGAUUCAUUAUUCAUCUCUUUGAAAGUUACGGAUUGGAUGACUGAUCCUGAGUUCAUGGACAAACAAAACACAUCAGUGAUCAUACUAAUCAGUAUAAAUGACAUAAACGAUAAUACUCCAUACUUCCCGGAGGCGAAUUUGCCGGAAUCCGAAAGAGAAAAUAGAACAGUUCAAGAGUUCGCACCAAAAGGGACAUCUGUCAGUUCCAUAGUAGCAAUUGAUCUUGACGUUGGGGACACUGUAACGUACGACUGCACGCCAGUUGAUUCGAACUUCGACUGGAUUGAUGCCAAUAACGCAACUGGAGCAUUUACUGUGAAGGACUCAAAUCUGGUAGAUGCAGAUACGGAGAAAACAUUUUAUUUCAACUAUUCUUGUACGGCUAGUGAUGAUGGUUAUACACAUACUUCCGAACCAAUGAUAGUCCCCUUUUAUAUAAUCGACACGAACAACCAAGUUCCUACUAUAACAAUUGACGAAACAGUAUACGUUGAUGAGAAGAGCGAUCCAAAUACAGAGGUAGCUGAAGUCGGCACCCAUGACGAUGACAGAGACAUUCCAUUCCACACUGUUGCGUGUAAUUUGGAUAGAACACAGACGUGCUCAGAUAAAUUUAUAAUUGUCGAUAAUGUAAUACUAGUGAGACAUGGCCAUGACGAUAUAGACAGAGAUAAAGGAGAUCCAAGUUACAGUUGCCCUAUGACAUGCCAAGACAAUCCAGACCUUUUACAAAAUGACAGGAACCCCAAUUCUGUAACCAAAACAAUAACAAUUCGGUUGAGGGAUAUUAACGACCAUACCCCAGAAGUUUUGACCGAGGCAUUAGAUACUUCCGAAGACGUCGAAAAGGGUGAUAUAAUUGGAAUAAUAGUAGCGACAGAUAUAGACGAGGGAGAUAACGCUGAAAUAGAUUUUGAAGUCAUAAGCAUUGAAAACUCCAAUAACGAAGAUAGUUCUGGUUUGUUUGAUGUUACUACAGAUGAAAAUUACCGUGUGAAUUUGACUCAUAAGCAGGCAAAUCUGAUUGCGUCUCAAGAUUUGAGAGGGGCAUUUGGAACUUAUACUGUAGCAAUUCAGGUUGCCGAUAGAGGGGACCAACCUAAUGUAGCCAAUUAUUCCAUAACGGUAGAAGUUGAGAAAUUCAACUUUGAACCACCACGAUUUAUAUAUCCAAGUGAAGAUGGCAAGAGCGUCUUGCUAUUGUCAGCGCAGACUCCAUUCAGUCCACUUAUCUUAUUCAGAACAGAAGACUCGGAGUAUCUUCAGGACUUCUAUGCUAGUGACAGUUCAGAAAGUGACAUCUGCGAAAAAUGGGACAUAGUCAUUACCUUUGAACAAAUAUCACCCGAAGAGGAAACAAUAUUCGCUAUAUCCAACACUGACACGUGCACAGGACAACUGCAAGUGAACAACCGCUUCGAUGCAGACUCCGUCUUAGGAGUAACUUACAAUUUGAAGCUGAUUGCUACAGCCAGAGAGGGAGAACCCCAAUCUGGAGAGGCAUCUUACACAAGUGAGACGAACAUAACAAUAAACUUCUUAGACAACAACCAGAAGCCCGUGUUCAGCUGUACAUCAAUGGAAUUCAAAUUCAGGGAAGAAAAACUGGAUCAAACACAAAAAUUGGAUUGCGUAGCAUCAUACGAAGUAGAAGAUGAGGAUCUGCCAGUAUUUUAUUACAUAUAUCCGGAGUCUUCGAAUGAUGUAAUAGAUAAUACCUUUGAAGUAGAUGAGUUCACUGGCGUGAUAUCCCUGAAAAAAGUUAUCAGUUUCAAAGAAAAUGAACAGUUAGAAUUUAAGAUUGUAGCAUCUAACGACUCGUCACCUACUAGUCACAAUCCCUCCUCAUUUUUAAGUGUCACAUGUAACGUGAUUGAAAUCAACAAUAAUUGGCCGCAAUGGAGUAGGGACAAAUUCUUUGGUGCUGUAAUGGCAGGAUAUUCUUCGAGCACUAUUAUUUUGACACUUGAGGCUACAGAUGCAGACAAGAUAGAUCAGGGCAAACUGACGUACUUCCUAAACGGGACAGUUAACGUCAUUGGUUCAGGAUUGAACAAUAUACAAGAGCCAUUCUUGGUAUCUGAAUCAUCUGGAGAAAUUAGACUGAACUUCCAAGUGGACAGUAUUAUGUCUGGAUAUUUUCAAUUUGACGUAACCGUAUGGGACGUCAAAGAUCAGUUCGGAAACGGACCACACGGGAACACGACUUCUGUAACAAUUUUCAUAAUAACAAGCGAUAAUACCGUGGAUUUCAGAUUCUACAACACUGUAGACGAAGUUCAGGACCAAGAAGUUGGAAUGUUGGAGGUGAUUUCUGAAAUAAUAGGCUACGAGGCGUAUAAACAAGAUAUCCUGAAAGCGACUGAGGAUGGCGUAGAAUUGACAGAUAGAACACUGGCUAGCCUCUAUUUCAUAAACAGCACUACCAUAGAGGCCAUAGAAUCUAGUACGAUUCUGAGAAUGGUGUCCAACAUAAACACCUUCUCAGAACUAGUUGUGGAGGUAAGGAACAGAACUGGACUGACCCUUAUGAGCUUCCCAGCCACCGCCACAUCCACAGAGAAUUUAGAAGAAGUGCUGAAGGCUUGGCUCGUGGGUGUAUCAGUUGUAUUGGGCGCGCUCUGCUUGAUCCUGUUGGUCACAUUUGUACUGAAGACAAGAGAAUUGAAUAACAGAAUUAAGAAAUUAACUACGAACAAAUUUGGAUCCCAGGAAUCAGGUCUUAAUAGGCUGGGUAUUUCUGCUCCAACUACCAACAAACAUGCUAUAGAGGGAUCUAAUCCCAUAUUUAACAUCAACAGCGACGAUGUUAAGAAAGACCUAUCCAAAUUUGAUGAAUACGACGCACACAGUAUAAGGAGUGGAGACUCCGACCUUAUAGGAAUUGAAGACAACCCAGAGUUUGAUUAUCAUCCAUCAGCGCCACAUGUUCCAAAUGGUAGCCAUUCCUAUAUGUAAAUAGAUUAUGUUGCGUGCGUUAUAUUUAAGUAACAAUUAAGUUAUUAAAUUAAAUAUGUAUUGUAUAUAGGUAAGUUGUAAAUACAAUGUAAGAUAAUAAAAACUAUUUUA